GCAAGCAUUUGAGCAAAUGCAAUCAGCCUUCUUCAAACUCAUCAAACAAACAAUGGAGACUUUGUCUCAUGCUUCGUCUUCUUCAUUACUUGAUCAUCGGAGAGCCUCAACUUUUGAUGAAAUUUCUAUGCAUCAAAGGUUUCUCUUCUUGGACACUGUCAAGGAGAUGAAGAAUCUGCGAUCACAGUUAUAUACUGCAGCCGAUCAUUUUGAAUUAUGUUAUAAGAAUGAAAAGCAGACAUACAUAGUGAUGAACAACUUGAAAGACUAUGUUAUUAAGGCCUUUGUCAACACUGUUGAUCACCUUGGCUCUGUUUCAGAUAAGAUAAAUGCUCUUCUUGAUGAGAAGAUCAAAGAUGUCUCUAAAUCAGAAGUUGGAAUUGUUUGUGUUGAACAGAGACUUCGUACUUGCCGGGAAUUUACUGAUCAUAAAGGUCUUGUUCAACAGUCUCUCAUCAUCAAACCUCCAAAGUACCAUAAACACUACAUUUUACCAGCUGGUAAAGCAAUACGUGAGUGCGGGACACAUGUAAUAAGAAAGUAUGAAGAAUCAAAGCUGAGAAAAGACAUUAUCGAUCAAUCACAAAGCCUGCAAACCGUGGCUAAUGCAACUCAUGGCGAGAAACAAUUGAGAUUCAGUAAAUCGCCUUCGAUCUUACUUUCAAAGCUAGCUCAAUCUUCAUUGCCUUCUCCAAGAAUGCUUUCGCCAUCACCUUCUCUGCCUACAGGGAAGUUUGUAUUCACAGAACAAAGAUCAGAUGCAAUGAAGCGCUCGGGAUCGAUUUCAUACAGACGAAGCUUUCGAAGUAUAUCUAACAUAGGGCGUUCAUACUCUCCAGAGCCGUGGAAGUCUCGGUCGAGUCAUGCAUACUCUGAAAGAAAUGAGCAUAUAGAAAUGAAUAAUGGUUCGAGCAGAAACAUCUUCAAGAGCCUGCUCAGCCGACGAAGAUCAAGAAAAGAAGAUGUACUUUCAGGAUGAACAAUUUUUGUUUUUUUUUAUCAUUCAAAUUAUGUAUUAAAACCAUUCUCUCUGUUCUUUUAAGCCAACAAGUUUCAUAUGCAUAUUGCCAAUUCCAUUA